AUGAAUCCUACUCAGGCUCUGAAGACCGCGGUGGAUCCAAAGACUUUGGUCCAUGCCUAUCGUCACUUGUAUCGCCAAGGCUUGAAGGCUGUCAAUUAUUCUACCCCCGCGCGGCAUGUUCUUCGGAACAAUCUGCGGACCGCCUUCCGUUCAUCUUCACCGGAAGAGCUGAAUCCACGUCGCAUAGCCAAUACUCUUCAGUUUCUCCAGCGAGCUGCCGACGUUACAGGUAUGGAACACAAGAUUGUGAGAAAUCUGUUGAUGAUGAAGUAUUGGGAGCAGCUGCAGGUGAGGAAAGACCACCGCAUCUUGAGAGGGUUAGGGGUCGAUCAGAGGGAUCCUACCUUGAUGCAGGAUACGAUCCGGCAGUUUAACCUGACCUUGUCCCUUCUCAAUGAUAGCCUAAACAUUUGUUUGAGGUAG